AUGCUUCGGAAGAUGACGGCGGACGUUGUGGUCGUCGGAGCCGGCGUGGCCGGGUGCUCUGCGUACUAUGGAUUAGCGAAGAGGAAUGGCUCCCCCGGCGACGGCACAGCAUCAUCAUUCAAGCCACUCCUCGUGGACGCGACCGGCCCCAUGUCGCUCACAAGUGCCCGGGGGACGUACCAGUACCGAAACUGGUGGCCGGACGAAGGCGACGAAGCCAUGAUGCGGCUGGUGUCGCGGUCCAUUGACAUCAUGGACGACGUCGCGUCCGACAUCGACCUAAACCGCAACGGGUACCUGUUUGUGACGAGGGACCUAGCUUGCGUGAACGCGCUCAAGGCCCAAGGCCAGCGCAACGCACAGCUUGGCGGUGGAGCGUUUCGCGAACACCACGAAUUGAGUGGCUACAAUCCGUCGACUAGUGUUGCGGAUCGAUUGGACGGCAGCGAUUUGAUCUGGGGCCAAGAUAACAUUGCCUCACUCUUUCCAUCGCUCAAGCAUUCGAACGCGUUGGCCGCGCUUCACGUGCGCCGCGCGGGGUCGCUAAACCCCCACAAGUUGGCUCAACACCUGUUGUCGCAAGCCAACGCAUUCUGUCCACAGGCUCAAACGCUACGAGGGAAGAUGAUCGACAUCCAUGCAUGCGGCGGUCGCAUCUCGGGCAUCACGGUGGGCCUGCCCAAUGGCGACAAGGAGAUCGUGGACACUGCGGCGCUUGUGCUGGCUCCAGGCCCAAUGCUACAACAGACCCUUCACUUGCUCCGGGCAAAGGACUUGGUCGACACCCCCGCGCUGACAGUGCACCACGAGCUGCAUGCGCGAGUAAUCUUCGAUGACCCCAAGCAGAUUGCCACGGCCACGUCGCCCUUAACGUUCCACGCCGACCCCGUCGGGAGAUUGCAGUUUUCCGAGGCGGAAGUUCACGCCAACGACCCACUUUGUACUAGAUCAUUCCCAGGAGGCAUACAUGUGCGGCCAUUCACUGAUGGAAAGGCGAUGGCUGUGUGGACAUACGACGUCAACCUUGUCGAGCCCGUGUUCCCUCUGACCAGAGUAUUGGACCCCAGGUAUGGGGAGAUUUGUCUGCGGGGGUUGUCGCGGUUGUUUCCUCAGAUGGCGUCGUACGCCGCGGACCCGCACAUUAUGGCCACCCUCAACGUGGAUGGAGGGUACUACUGCAAAACGCCAGACAACAUCCCGUUGAUUGGCAGGACGAAAGACGGGGUCGAUGGGCUUUUCUUUCAAGCUGCGAUGACUGGCGUCGGCCUCAUGUCUAGCGCCGCGGCAGGCGAAGUGCUGGCCGCGACUGUCAUGGGCGACAUAGCUCCAGGGAAGGGGGUGGACGACUCGACCCUUCCGUAUGCGUCGUAUGCUGCCGCAUUAUCACCCAGCCGGUUUGACGAUGUCACAUAUGUUUCGUCCUUGUCGAGUGGCCGGCAAACCAGCGGCCAAAUGUAA